AUGGAAGGAGGCCAGCCGCAGGUGCCGCCCACGCUCAAGCAGCUGGCGCCGAUCUUGAAGCAUUCAGCCCAGCUACGAGGGCAGGUGCCGGUGAUGAGCUACCUCUGCUCGCUCUACGCCGUCCAGCUGGGCCUCAAGAUCAAGGGUAACGACCCCGCCAGCAAGACUUUUCUCUUUGGCCUCAUGGAUCGCCUCGAGCAACACCGCGCCGAGCUCGGAUCUGCCCUCUCCCAAAUCCCUGACCAAAAGGCGUUUGCGACCAACUUUGCGGUCAAGGUGUUCGGGCACGCCGACGACGAAUACCGAGAUGGCCUCGCCACAAGGGACACCGCCAAGAACUUCUACGCGUCGACGGUGUUCUUCGAUGUCCUGCGACAGUUUGAUGACCCGCUGCCCGAGGAAAUCGAGAAUAUGCGCAAGUACGCCAAGUACAGUGCCGUGCAGAUCACCAAGGCCAUCAAACAAGGCAUCCCUGUGGUGCACCCCGACAGCGAGCUGCAGGACACACAGAGCGACGGCUUCGCCAUCGGCGGUGAUUUCGAUCCGUUCUCGGCCGCUGCCGGCUUCCCCACGAUCCCAUCGGCGGGCUCGCCCUCGUCGAUGAUGGGCCAGAAUGUACAGUCACCGCCGCCGCACUAUGGUGGCGGCGGCGGUUCGCCCGCGCCCACACAGCACCACCAGGCCGGGCAACCCUACGGCAGCCCGUCCGUCACGCAGCCGACGCCCUUCGACGCCUACUCUGGCGGAGGCUUUGACAUCCCCUCGGUGUCGCAUUCGUUUGACCACCCCGCCUCGAGGCGAGACUUAGCAUCGCCGCCAUCUUCCGCGGCAUCGUCGGCAGCGCCGCAUUUCCCCGCCAUGUCGCCCCCACCCGCACACGCCUUCCCUCCCGCAUUCGACGCCGGCGGCAGCAAUCCCUAUGCGCCGGCUCCGACGUCGGGGUCACCGCAGCCGCCACACGACGCUGCGCCGGCGGCCGAUGACUCGAUCGAGCAGCUGCUGUCCCUCUUCCCCAUGCGCCAGCGCCGACGCACGGAUUCGGAGGACCAACCGGUCCCACGAGCGGCGGUGGAAGCGGCAGCGGCAGCGGUGGCGCAUGGCGUGGUCGCCGUCCGCCUCUCCCUUCCCACCACACGGCCACUCGGCCACGCCACCUUCUGUACCGCAGGCGGCGGCGCCUCAUUCGCAAGCGUGGCCUGGCCCCGGCCCAGCGGCGCGAGCCCCGGCACCAGCCCCAGCACCGGCAGCGCCUGCCCCGGCCCCGGCCCCUAUCCCAGCACCGGCGCCCAUCUCUGCCCCAGCGCCCAGCACCGGCUCAGCACCAGCCGGAUUCACGCCUUCAGGCGAGGCCUUGGAGAAAGCGCAAAAGGUUUGCUGUCCCUGCGUGCGAUGUGCCGUUUCGAGGACACGCCCUACGCCGUGCAGAAUCUCCAGCUGGCGCUGUCGCUGCUCACCGGCAAGCAGUACAACUGA